AUGAAAGUGGCAGUCAUCGGAUGCGGAUUACUUGGAAUCAAGAUUGCAGGUUCUAUGGCCUAUCAUGGUCAUCGAGUUAUGGUUUAUGACAACAAUGUGGAGGUGCUGAAUGGAGCUUAUGAAAUCAUUCAGGAAGAUAAGAGAGUUCUUCGACAAGAAGGAUUGUUGCUGCAGAAGAAUUUUCUAGGUUCUAUCUACUAUUUUAGUGGUUUUCAUGAAACGGUCCAGGAUGCUGACUUUAUUUUUGAAGCCAUCACAGAUAAUUUACAAUUGAAACAAGAAUUAUUGGAAGAGAUUUCCCAGUUAUGCAAGCCUGAUGCGAUCAUUUCAUCCAGUUCCCUUAAUUUCCACAUUGCAGAUAUUGCACAGAAAGUUGUUAAUAAAGAGAGAGCAAUUGGUUUGAGGUUUUUGUAUCCUGUUUAUUACAUUCCUGAAGUUGAAAUCUCACCUUGUAAAGCAACAUCUACAGUGACAAUAGAAAAAGUGCGAAAAUUCCUGGAGAGGAUGGGCAAGACCCUUUUCUUCCGAUCAGGGGGAGAGCCUCUGAUUUUGAAAGAAGAACAACGAGAAGAAAGAAAACAAGCACGGCUUGAACAGAUAAGGAAUUCUUCGGGAAUGACACAUUUUUUCAAGACUGUAGUACCAAUGUUGUCCCAUCGAGGGAAUGAGGCACCCCCACAAGAUGAAGUCGAUGCUGCUUUCUUUCUUCCAGGUGUUUCUUAUCUGAACAAUGACCAAGAUUGUGCAAUCUGCAUGGCCAGUGUACGUGACUGUUUGCUCUGCCCCUGUCAUCACAUGGUCACUUGCUUUGUUUGCUCCAGCAUGUUGCUCAACAAACAUGACGGAUGUCCAAUUUGCCGAAAAGACAUCACAGAAAUUGUCAAAGUCUAUCAUUCUUAA